AUUAUCACUGGACUUAAUGAACCAGAUGGACUUGCAGUUGAUUGGAUGGGUAGAAAUUUAUACUUCAGUGACAGUUCUGCGAAUCGUAUUUGUGUCAGUAAGCUUGACGGCAGCCAUAAAGCUACAUUGAUCUCAACAGACUUGGUAAAACCAAGAGGUCUUGCUGUAGAUCCUAGAGAUGGGUUUCUAUUCUGGACGGACUCAAAGCUUAAUAAUAGAAUAGAACGUGCCAACAUGGAUGGUACAAACCGUACUGUACUUAAAGAUUCAUAUGUUUACGGGGUAAACUCCCUUACAAUAGAUUACACACUCCGAACUAUUUAUUGGAUAGUUUCUCAUUUAGACUUUAUUGCAUCAAUGUCAUAUUAUGGCAGAAAUCACCGUGAAAUUAUUGAAUGGCCAAUGGUUAAUGCACAGCCAUUCGCAAUMARUGUAUUYCAUAACAAUUUGUUCUUCUCCGAUUGGAAAAAACGUGCCAUUGUCAAAGUCAGUAAAUUAAAUGGUAAGAGAACAUUGCUSUUGAGGAGUUUAAUCACACCGAUGGAUAUCAAAGUUUACCAUAGGUCGCGUCAACCAACAGCAUUUAACCCCUGUGCAAAAAAKAACUGUGGMUGCCAGCAUAUAUGUUUGAUAAGUGUCCGGCAAACAUGUACUUGUAAAUGUGAGAUGGGUUACCAACUUGGGCGAGACAACACAUCUUGUGUCAAGAUCAAGGAGUUUCUGCUGUACGCYCGYAGGAAUGAAAUAUGCGGCAUUCCCUUGUCUGKCAACGACAACAGCGAUGUCAUUAAACCAAUACUCAGAAUUGGAAAUGCAGUUGGUUUAGACUACGACGUUCUAGARCAACACAUCUACUUUACUGAUAUCAUACGUGAUAAUAUUAGCAGGAUUUCGUUAACAGGGGAGAAUUCCGAGACUCUAGUGAAAAUUGUGCGUGAUGCCGAUGGUGUUGCAGUAGAUUGGGUGGGUAGAAAUCUUUACUGGAGUAAUUUUGGUUUUCCAAAGAUCUCUGUUAGCAAGCUAAAUGGAUCGUUCAGGAAGACUUUGUUUCGUCACGAUGUGAUCAAUCCACGGGCCAUUGCUCUCUAUCCAGAUCGCGGACUAAUAUUUUGGACUGACUGGGGAAUCCCUGCUAAAAUUGAAACAGCAAACAUGGAUGGAACCAAGCGACGUAUCCUUGUCAAAGGCGGUGGAUUACAAUGGCCGAAUGGGAUCACUGUAGACAGACGGACAGACGAAAUCUUUUGGGCAGACUCUAAGGCAGAUACAAUAGAGUGUGUUUUUCUUAAUGGUACGAAUCGAAGGGUAUUACUAAGACAGCUGCAUCAUCCUUAUGGCAUUGAUGUAUUUAAUGGUUUUAUAUAUUGGUCUGAUUGGACGACUAGAGAUAUAAAAAAGGUUCACAAAGAACGCUUGCAUAAAGUAACUGUGCUCAAGUCUCAUUUGGUGGGCGUGAUGGAAAUCAAGGUGUACAGUCCUAUAAAACAACUUGGAUCAAGCCCUAGCCCUUGUGCUAAUGGCAGAAGUGGUUGUAGUCACCUUUGCCUGCUGAACCCUGCUGGAUUCUCAUGUCACUGUCCGUUUAACAUGACUCUGAGURACAAGGAUAACAAGACAUGUAUACACUGUAAGAAAGGAAUUAUUACUAGUUAUCAUAGAUUAUAUAUCAUCCUAUUAAAGCGGAAAAAACAUAUCUUACUGUAUUUAUCUUCUUUUGUAGCUGUUAUAACGACUUGUCAGCGUGGYCUCUUCCAGUGUCGCKUAAGCAAAGAGUGCAUCUCUCCUMUSAUGAGAUGCGAUGGAAACUACGACUGUUCCAGAAAUAACCUUCCUGAUUUCUCCGAUGAGUUGAAUUGCCUGUCCCARACUAACUGUACGAAAGAUSAGUUUAAAUGUAAUAAUGGACAGUGUGUACCGGACAGCUGGGUUUGUGAUGGUWCCGCUCARUGCUUGGAUAAAUCUGACGAGAAAGACUGUGGCGAUCUUACAUGUCCACCAUUGACGUUCGAUUGCAAUGAUGGACGCUGUAUUCCACGAAUUUGGCGCUGUGAUGGUGAUGUUGACUGUAAAGAUGGCAGCGAUGAGAUGAAUUGUUAUUCCUUAAACUGCACUAGUUCUCYGGRUCAAUUUCGUUGCCAUCAUGGUAGUCGGUGUAUUCAUCGUAGUUGGAUUUGUGAUGGUGAUAAAGACUGUCCACGUGGCUCAGAUGAAAUGAAUUGUCCGACUCUACCUCCUGACAGAUGCGAUAGUGAUGAAUUAUUUCGAUGUAAUAACUCYCGRUGUAUUCGCAAGAAGUUCGAGUGCGAUAGGCAAGAUGACUGUGGAGAUAAUUCAGAUGAACACUCUAGUUGUAAYGCCACYAUUUGUAGCGUGAAUGAAUUCUCCUGUGCYAACARGCAGUGYAUCCCUGUGAACUGGGCUUGUGAUGGAGCGGUGGAUUGUGCCGAUGGCUCUGAUGAGACCAAGUGUGGUUCACCACCUCCAACUACCCGUCCACSGUGUCCAAGUGACAAGUGGCGUUGCCAUGACGGCAUAACAUGCAUCCGCAAAAGUCAAGUUUGUGAUGACAAGGUUGACUGUCUCGAUACGAGCGAUGAAGGACCAGGAUGUGGUAUAUCUGGAUGCCAUGAAAAAAAUGGUGGAUGCUCGCAAGGCUGUAUGAAUAUUCCUGGAGGUGUACAAUGUUUUUGUUAUACGGGGUUUAAGCUGGCUGCUGAUAACACAACGUGCCUUGACGUAGACGAAUGCAAAUUUGUGUCAACAUGCAGUCAGCGGUGUUACAACUUGAAAGGCUCAUUUGCUUGUAGAUGUGUUAAGGGCUACCAACUGAUGAAUGACAGGCGGGGUUGCAAAGCCACAGGUGACAUUGUUCCUUACUUGUACUUUUCGACUCGAAAUGCAAUACAGAAGAUAGAUAUCCCCCUUGGUUUGACCACUACAGUGUAUAUACGUGAUUUGGUUAGUGCUAUUGGGAUAGACUUUGAUUGGAAAGAGCAAAGACUUUACUGGGCUGAUUUAUCAAGACGUACUAUCAGUAGAAGCUUUUUAAAUGGCACUGGUCAAGAGGAUUUAAUCACGGAAGGUCUCCAUACAGUUGAAGGGGUUGCAGUGGACUGGAUCGGACGGCAUUUAUACUGGUCAGAUAUGACAGCAGAUCGGAUUGAGGUCGCAACGCUUGAUGGGAAAUGGCGUAAUAUCUUGGUGUCAGAUGACCUAAAGAAACCCAGAGGACUGGUCGUCGAUCCGAGGGAUGGGUAUUUGUUCUGGACAGAUUGGGGAUCAUCACGCGUUGAACGAUCUUCUUUAGAUGGAACCAACCGAGUGCAAUUGGUCAGCAAAAAUAUCCGGUGGCCUAACGGUUUGACACUGGACUUUGCUAACAGGCGUGUUUAUUGGAUAGAUGCCGCGCAUCUUGUACUUGAGUUCUGUAAUUACGAUGGCAGCAAUCGUCAAGUGGUCGUUAACUAUCAUAACAUCAACCAGCAUCCAUUUGCUCUAACAAUGUUUGAAGACUCGUUGUACUGGACAGACUGGAAAAAGAAUGUAUGGCGUGCCCAUAAAAUGGAUGGUGGAGGUUUGAAAUCUCUCUUCACUGGAUUGCUGAAACCCAUGGAUAUCCAUGUUGUUCAUCCUCUACGACAACCUGAAGGGGUCGCAGUGGACUGGAUCGGACGGCGUUUAUACUGGUCAGACAUGACAGCAGAUCGGAUUGAGGUCGCAACGCUUGAUGGGAAAUGGCGUAAUAUCUUGGUGUCAGAUGACCUAAAGAAACCCAGAGGACUGGUCGUCGAUCCAAGGGAUGGGUAUUUGUUCUGGACAGAUUGGGGAUCAUCACGCGUUGAACGAUCUUCUUUAGAUGGAACCAACAGAAUGCAAUUGGUCAGCAAAAGUAUCCGGUGGCCUAACGGUUUGACUCUGGACUUUGCUAACAGGCGUGUUUAUUGGAUAGAUGCCGCGCAUCUUGUACUUGAGUUCUGUAAUUAUGACGGCAGCAAUCGUCAAGUGGUCGUUAACUAUCAUAACAUCAACCAGCAUCCAUUUGCUCUAACAAUGUUUGAAGACUCGUUGUAUUGGACAGAUUGGAAAAAGAAUGUAUGGCGUGCUCAUAAAAUGGAUGGUGGGGGCUUGAAAUCUCUCUUCACUGGAUUGUUGAAACCCAUGGAUAUCCAUGUUGUUCAUCCUCUACGACAACCGGAAGGUAUUAACUACUGCGCCAAUUCAUCGUGUUCACAUCUGUGUUUACUAAUACCCAAUGGUUAUACUUGUCGAUGUCCAAUUGGAAUGGCGCUACUUGCCGAUAAAACCAACUGUGGAGAUGACUUCAACACCCUUCUAGUAGCGACCAAUCAAGGAGAAGUSCGGGGCAUAUCCUUGGAUCCCAACAAUACAGUAGAYACKAUUAUAUCGRCUUUUCAACUCAGCCAUGCUGUAGCGGUUGAUUUUGACUACGARCUUGGUUUGGUUUAUUGGUCUGAUAUACGUGAAGGCACCAUAUCAAGAGUUUUUAUCAAUGGGUCGUCAAAAGAGACUAUUAUAAGAGACGUUGGGAGUCCUAAACCAGAAGGAAUCGCAGUGGACUGGAUCGCUAARAACAUUUACUGGACAGAUGUCAAUCGCAAACUAAUAGGUGUYGCUAGGGCUGAUGGAUCUUUUCCCAUCAUUCUAAUUAAAAAAAGCAUUUCCAAGCCAAGAGAUAUUGUUGUACAUCCUGUCAAAGGAUUACUGUAUUGGUCUGACUGGGACAAAUCGUCUCCUAGGAUCGAGCAAAGUAGUCUUGAUGGCUCAGCUCGACGUGUGUUCGUUAAAAAGGGUCUUGGAUAUAUUAACGGACUGACCAUUGACUACUCGCAAUCUCAGUUGUAUUGGUGUGAUGCUGGGAAAGAUUCAAUUGAAAGGAUUGGCUUGGAUGGCACUGGAAGGAGAAAACUUUACCGCGAUAAAGAUAUGUUGCGGCACACUUUUGGGAUAUCUCUGUUUGAAAAUACCCUGUAUUGGAGCGAUUGGAUUAAAAAAGGGAUUUUCUCUGGUUCGAAAUUUGGUGGGAGAAAAGAAGAUAUUCAAGUACAUAGAGAAGGCUUGCAAUAUGUUUAUUGUGUGGAAGUAUACUCUAGAAGAAGACAGACUGGUACUAACCUUUGUAAACAAGAUAACGGAGGUUGUGAACAGCUUUGUCUCAUGAAGAACUCCAAUUCUAGACGGUGCGCAUGCUCUAUGGGUUUCAGUCUUGGAAAGGACCAAAAAUCUUGCAAUGCAAUCAACACCUUCUUACUUUAUGCAACGUCGAAAGCAAUUUACGGAACUUCCAUUGACUUCAAGGAUAGCACUUCUGCUAUGAACCCUAUUGCAGGAAUGAGCAACAUCAACUCCAUCGACUUUUUCUAUAACUCAAGCUGGAUCUUUUAUAGCGAUGACCGAAAACGAAAUAUUGGUCGAGUUAAUAGGGAUGGCACAAGGAAGAUGAUAAUCAUAAGCACUGGGCUGAGACGACCACAGGGGAUCGCAGUGGAUUGGGUUGGAAUGAACCUAUACUGGACUGACUCAGGGACAGACCUUAUUGAGGUAAGUCGGCUGAAUGGGUCCAGCCGUCACGUGAUCAUCUCAUCAGGUCUUUCUGAGCCACGAUCGAUCGUAGUUCAUCCAGGAAGAGGACUUCUGUACUGGUCGGACUGGUCACCACCCCGCAUUGAAAGGUCGUCUAUGGAUGGGUCUUUCCGCCAAGUCUUGGUGUGGGGAUCAAAGAUAAGAAGGCCAUCUGGACUCACAAUUGAUUAUGACCAAGAUAUCGUUUACUGGGUUGACUUACGCAGGGAUAGCAUUUGGAAUAUGGACCUUAAUGGGGUUUGUGUAGCUAAUAGAAAAUGUAGUGUCGAUCAAUUCAAAUGCAACCAUGGUCACUGUAUCGACAAGAAAUGGCGAUGUGACACAGAGGUCGACUGCCGUGAUGGWAGUGAUGAACAAGGUUGUCCUCCAAAKACCUGUGCGCCAGGAAAGUUCCAGUGUGCAAACGGUCARUGUAUUAACACUCAWUGGAAGUGCGAUUACAGAGAUGACUGUGGUGAUGGAAGCGAUGAAGYGGGUUGCCCUACAAGACAAUGUGCAGGGAACGAAUUYCGAUGUAACAAUGGUCUUUGUAAGUUGUACGAGGACAUGUGCGAUGGUAACAACGAUUGUGGAGAUUUCAGCGACGAGCAAGGGUGUAAGGAUGUUGUCUGCCCGACAGAUAGAAUAAAGUGUAACACCACAAGCAUCUGUGUGGACAAAAGCUGGCUAUGCGAUGGUCACAAUGAUUGCGGUGAUAACUGGGACGAACGACCAGCGGUCUGCUCCUUGAACAAAUGCGCACCAAAUGAAUUUCAGUGUACCGGAAGUAAUCGAUGUAUACCACGUCAUUGGCUGUGUGAUGGUGAGAGYGACUGCUCUGAUGACAGCGAUGAACCGUCCAGUUGCCAGACAGAGCAAMGGACAUGCGCAGCGAAUUACUUCACCUGCAAAAAUGGUAAGAUGACGUCAAUACCAUUCRAACUUUUCAGACUUGGAGAAUGCGUAUGUGAUUCUCUCCUGAAGGGAAAACGGAGAGAUGGAAAYUGUAUUUCKCAACAAUUUSUCUGUGAUGGUGAUGAUGACUGUGGCGACUCAUCUGAUGAAACUUCGUCGUGUCCAAAACGCAAUUGYACKGGAUUAGAAUUCAAAUGCGUUAAAUCUUCUCGUUGUAUACCGCUGGCCUACAUGUGUGACGGCGACAACGAUUGUGGAGACGGUUCUGAUGAAGCAUCCAGUCUAAACUGCAUGCGACGGACUUGCAGCUCCUCGCAGUUUCGGUGUCUUAAUGGUCUUUGCAUCGACAAGAAAUGGCGUUGCGACUACGAGGAUGAUUGUGGAGACAACUCUGAUGAAAUGUCUUGUGCAAAUCACACAUGCAGCCACGAACAGUUCCAGUGUUCUAGUGGGCACAACUAUGUGUGAAUUUCCCAGGGUCGUUCAAGUGCACAUGCGCGCCUGGAUACGAGCUUGAAUCCACCAAUCGUAGGGAGUGUAAAGCUACUGGAAAAGUAGCUAAACCUUACCUGAUAUUCUCAGAACGAAACCAAAUCCGUUCUAUGGAUAUAAAUGGCUGGUACAAGGACAUCGUCCUGAAUAAUGUCCACCCCUGGGCCCUUGAUUUUGACUAUGAAGGCCAUCGACUUUACUGGACGCAAGUUGGUACGGUACCACGGGUCCUUCGAGCCUAUCUAAACGGUACAGGKUCAGAAGURAUUGUGAAGACUGGACUCAAAUGGCCAGAAACGAUUGCUGUGGACUGGGUGGGAAGAAAUCUGUAUAUCAGUGACUUGRUUCUCAAUAAGAUAUUUGUGACCACUUUGUCUGGGAGAUAUAUGAAGACAUUACUGACACAAGUGAAGGCUAAGGCACUCGUAGUGUAUCCAACGGAAGGAUUUCUCUUCUACACAAACUGGGCAGGCAGACGAUACAUUGGACGMUGUGGUCUCGACGGCUCUUCACCACUUCCUCUUAUACAGGCCAAAAUGUUAAUGCCCUCUGGUCUAACUCUCUGYCACCUGUCCAAGAAACUSUUUUGGGUAGACUCAGUGCUUGACCGUUUGGAGUAUAGCAACCUUGACGGCUCUCACAGAACACAGUUAACAUCCUUUAAAGUCAAAAACCCAUUCAGUAUCGUUGUAUAUGAAGAUAAUAUUUACUGGUCAGAUGCGAGACUUGCAACAAUCAUGCGAUCGUUCAAGUGGACUGGUACGGGACAUCAAAUACUGCAUAAGUCUACAUCRAAACUCUACGACAUCCAGAUUAUUCAUCCAAGUCUUCAACCUCGGCUCGACAAUCCACCAUGUUCCAAACUCGCCUGCAGUGGUCUAUGUUUACUGACACCUAAYGGCGGAGCUAAGUGCGCAUGUUCAGACAACAUGUACCUUGCUAACGACGGAAGAACGUGUUUUGAAAACUGCACCAAUAAYGAGAUGGYKUGUGACAAUUACCGGUGUAUACCGCGGUUGUGGUGGUGCGAUGGAGUCAUUGACUGCACUGAUUCAAGUGAUGAAAAGUCUCAGUGUCCUCAGAGACACUGUCCACCUGGGACUCAGCAAUGCCUCGACGGAAAGACAUGUGUCUCUCCAUUCCAGAUAUGCGAUGGAAAAAACAACUGCCCCACAGGCGGCGACGAGUACGCAUGCUCAGCACGUCAGUGUACAUCAUAUCAAUUCGAAUGUUCGAAUCAUAUUUGCAUUUUCAAAAGUCAAGUAUGUGAUGGAGUCCAUGAUUGUCAAGAUGGUUCAGACGAGCAUUACUGCCCCACUGCUGUUCCCUGUACUUCUAAUCAGUACAAGUGUCCCAGCGGUCGCUGCAUUGAUAAGAGACAGCUAUGCGAUGGUAAUAACGAUUGUGGGGACAAUAUUGACGAAGCGCUCGAUCAUUGCCCCAAAUCAUGUCCCAAGGAGUCCUUUAAAUGCAAAACGAAGUUCCAGUGUAUUCCUCAAACCUGGACYUGUGAUGGAUCUUAUGACUGCAGGGACAAAUCUGAUGAAGAUAAAUCGCUUUGUUCUCGUGACCAUUGUCUUGCUGGAAUGUUUCAUUGUCAAAACAAGAAGUGUGUUCCCAUGGUGUUUCGUUGUGAUCAGGAUGAUGAUUGUGGUGAUGGAUCUGAUGAGUCUCUUUGUAAAACGCAUUCCUGUUUGCCACAUCACUUCAGGUGUAAGAACGGACAUUGUAUUGMUAAAGACUGGGUCUGUAAUGGUCAAAACGAAUGUGGUGACAAUUCUGAUGAGAAAGAMUGUGGUGYAAUCUCAUGUCGCGAGGGACAAAUAAAAUGCMGUAAUGGAGAUUGUAUAGAAAAGGGUUGGAAAUGUGAUGGGGAACGAGACUGCCAAGACGCGUCCGACGAGAAAGGUUGUCCAAGCCGCUAUCCACACGGUCGUGUAUGUCCUCAGUCACAGUUCCAGUGUGUAAAUAACGUAUGUAUCAGUAGAACAUGGAUGUGUGAUGGUGAGGAUGAUUGUGGCGACUUCAGCGACGAGUACAAGAGACUUUGUGAAUACCACAAAUGUUCACCAAAAACCCAGUUCAGGUGCCAUGACUUCCACUGUAUACCAAAAUGGAAGGUGUGCGAUGGAGUAAACGACUGUGGUAAAAACGAAGACGAGACCGAUGACUURUGUCACAAGCCCAUUGUACCGAGAUGCAGCAAAAAUCAAUUCAAAUGUCAAAAUCAUAARUGCAUCGAUGGCGACAUGGUUUGCAACCGACAGGAUAAUUGUGGAGACGCCUCAGACGAAUUACUAUGUCCUAUCAACAAGAACCUGUCAUGCGMAGUCAACAAUGGUGGAUGUUCCCAACAGUGUAGGCUUCUKGGAAGCAAUGUUGUUUGCUCCUGUUGGUCUGGGUUCGAGUUUGAUGCAUCCAACAGGAAGUGUGUUGACGUCAACGAAUGCCUGCUUAGCAACGUGUGUGAACAGCAGUGCAUUAAUACAGUUGGGAGCUAUAAGUGUAGGUGUACUGAUGGGUACUCUCCAUCACCAGACAACAAACGCAGAUGUAAACCGAUGGAAGGUGCACGACAUCGAGCUCGCCGUUCCACCUCACCGACCAUACAAGAUUUGUCUUUGCCGUUGGGCGUAGCUAAUGGGAUUGCCGUAGACUGGAUUGGACGUAAUAUAUUUUGGACAGACUCUAUUCAACGUGUGAUUAAAGUCGCUAGAACUGAUGGACGUUAUCGUCGCACAGUUGUAUCUGCAGGACUGGCUGAUCCUGGGGACAUUAUCGUGGACUCUAAUCGAGGACUGCUGUUUUGGGCUGAUCGAGGACCCGAACCCAAGAUUGAAUCAUCGAAUAUGGAUGGCACCAACCGGACGCCUCUCGUCACAACUAAACUAAUAUGGCCGUCAGGUCUUUGUCUUGAUCAAACUACUCGACAAUUGUACUGGUCAGAUUAUAAAGCAGGACGAGUAGAGAGAAUAGGGCUAGACGGACAUGGAAGAGCAAUGGUUCUCAAUGGCAUCCAAAAACCAUCUUCUAUAAGUGUGUCGGGGUACUAUUUGUACAUUACAACAAACAAUCAAAUUGUACAAGUAGACAAGUUUGGAUAUAAUAAAAGUGUCACUCUACUUGAUGGUCUUCAAAGGGUUUCUAGUUUAAGGGUACAACAGAAAGAACAUCAAGUGACUUCACCAGGAGCUCCAUGUGCCAAGAAUAACGGUAACUGCACAUACCUAUGUCUGACUACGUCUACUGGAUACGUUUGCGCAUGCCCUGAUGGUGACGUUAAUAGCACUGAACCAUGCUCCUCAGGUGUUGUGAAGCCACUUUCCCCUCCUGCUUGCUCUCUUGUUGCUUGUGGAUAUGGAACAUGUCUUGAGGCCGAUGGCAAGGCCAUUUGCAUAUGUCCUUCAGGAUUUACAGGUCCAUACUGCACUACACCUUUAUCCAGCCCGUCGCCGUCGCCAAGAUCUCAUCCUUGUCUUACUUUAUCAUGUUAUAACGGUGGAAUCUGCAGUGUUAAGGAUGGACGGCCGCACUGCCGGUGUCCACAGGGAACGGCUGGGAUAAGCUGUGAGGAAUCCUGCUCCACCUUUCAGUGUGGUAAGGGUGGACGUUGUGAGACUUCAGACAACACCAUUUAUUGCAGAUGUAAGUCCGGCUAUCGGUACACAACCGGUCCAGGAUGUGACCAUGAUCCUUGUGUCAACUUCACCAAAUGCGGACAAAAUGGACAGUGUUAUGUUAAUGGGUCUUCUAAUAAGCCAUACUGCAGRUGCGCAGACGAAUCGAUAGCUGUGUCUUGUGGAAGCCCCAGUGUCCUUGGUCAAAACGAUACACCAGAUAACGUUCUUCCUAAGAUACUCAUCCCAGUUGUCAUGACACUUCUCGUGGCGCUCACUGUUACACUAUUAUUGUGUUGUAGACAGCGUGGAACUUACACCACAACAUAUCAUCAUCAACAGCUCUCCUUGCUGACCAUGAAUUCAUUUCCGAUUUUUCUUGGCACAACGUUGACUUCAUCAAUCCCAUGUACGAAGCGUUGUACGAACAGGGACACAGUCAUGACGUGUUAUUCCGAGGAGACAGCACUCCAAACAUSAACGGAAACGCCUCRCUAAAUCGUGAAUCUUAUGCGUGAURCGAAAUCCUGCAUGGAAUUCCAAAGUAAUAAAUUUUCUUAYGUUCCUCUAAUGAACAAUAAUGCCUUACGUCACGUGAAUUCCAUCUCUAUAGCUAUAAAACUACUGCAUCAGUGGUUCAAUGCAAGCGUCCAUACUUUCUCUAUAGACACUAGAGGCUGAUAGGUUUUACGAAUCACCGCCUCUAGUAAAGUAAUCUUAUUAGGACUUCACAGUUCCAUUUAGAGUGAGUUCAUUAAACCUGUUAAACAAAAUCUGACUAUUAAAKUGUGAUAGUCAAAUMGAMACAAAAGAAMACAAUGUAAUUAGAGMGUACUAGGKUGUAUUAGUGUAAAAUCUGUUUCACGGGUUUAAUGACGACACUCUAGUAUUUUGCUGGUUGAAUACAACAAUUCUUUAUAGUGUUCUCCUGAAAUCGGAACCACUUCAACAAAUUAGUGAUUAUUAACCARUCACAUUGCAGCCUUGAGCUCAACRGAUUARGUAUUUUGAAAAAGCMAAUCAMWAAUAGAGAACAUGUGGGARCACUGUGAUCUGAUUGGAUGACGGUUUUAUCAACUCUGUCACUUUCUUAAGUACUGUUAUUUGAUUGGUCAGGUUUACUCAAGUGGCCAGACAGUAAAAUAUAGAACAGAAUCAKAUCAUAGCCCUCCCGAAAUCGUAUUGUCUAUCAAUUUGAAAUUUGACUGGCCUAUUUUCAUUCUUAAAGAGCUUUGGGUCAAACGCUCAAAUUUGAUUGGUCAAUAACAAUGAUUUGUAGCUCCGAUUGUAGGUUUUGUGUUAAUAGUUCUCUAAAUUGUGUUAAUAGUUACUCUAAAAACGUUUAUAUUUAUGAAAAUAUUCUCAAAUGGACAGUAAAUAGUAUACACUCUACUCUCGGCAACAGUAGGCAAUAUGAAGCGGCACAUCGACUAAAGCAUGAUGGGAAAUGCAUUUCUUACACUUGACUCCCUUUUUUUGUAGUUUCAUUGCAUUGUAUUAUUGUAUUGAAAUUCGUUGCGUGUAGAAAACUUAGUGCAAGAAUUAGACAUUUCCUAUCACUCUGUUCUAGAAAAUUAUGUCUUUUCGCAUUGUCCGUGUAACUUCCAGAGCGUAUGUACUACGAUAUUUGACCCGGCUAUGAGAGUCGAGUGCCUGGAUAUCCGAUGGCCUGGAGAGAUAAAAACAAAAACAAGAUAAGAAAGUGAAAAAGAAAAAAAACGAAAAAAUGAAACGGAAAGGAAAAAAAAUUACCUGUUCGCAUAUGUUAGUAUAAGUUAUAUUUAAAGGAAUAUAUUAUUAUAAAAUACCGAAUGUAACUAAAUAGGAGCUAUAAAUAUAUUAUUUAGUGAAACGUC